AUGGACUCGCGCUGCCCCCACCUGCUCCUGCUCCUCCCCCUCCUCCUCCCGCCGUCGUCGGGGGUGGCGACGGCGGCGGGGGUCAUCCGGCUGCCGACGGGCGGGAGAGCGGGGGCCGUGGCCUGCGCGGCGCCGGACCCCGCCGUGUACGACCGCCCCGUCAUCGGCAUCGUCUCGCACCCGGGGGACGGCGCGGGCGGCAGGAUCAGCAACACCACCGCGACCUCCUACAUCAGCGCCUCCUACGUCAAGUUCGUCGAGGCAGCCGGCGCGCGCGUCAUCCCGCUCAUCUACAACGAGCCCGAGGAGCGCCUCCUCGAGAAACUGAGUUUGCUGAAUGGAGUGCUGUUCACUGGUGGAUCAGAGAAGCAAGGUGUAUAUUUUGAGACGAUAAAAAAAAUAUUUCAGUAUGUUUUGGACAAGAAUGACGCAGGUGAACCAUUUCCUUUGUUUGCCCAAUGUCUUGGCUUUCAGCUUGUAAGUAUGAUUGUCAGCAAGGACAAUAAUAUCUUGGAGACGUUUGAUGCCCAGAAUCAAGCAUCCACUCUUCAGUUUCCCAGCUAUGCUUUGGAGGGCUCAGUGUUUCAAAGGUUUGACCCUGACCUCAUCAAGAAAGUCAGCACCAGCUGUCUUGUCAUGCAAAAUCAUAGAUAUGGUAUAUCACCAAAGCGAUAUCGAGAGAAUGGUGCACUAUCAAGUUUCUUCAAAAUCUUGACUACGUCGCCUGAUGAAAACGGCAAGGUCUAUGUCUCAACUGUACAAGCCAAUAACUAUCCAAUCACUUGCACGCAAUGGCAUCCUGAGAAAGCCAUUUUCGAGUGGAGGAAACCAAUGAUUCCACACAGCGAAGAUGCAGUACAGGUUACUCAACAUUUUGCCAAUCAUUUUAUCAGCAUAUGCAAGAAAGGACCUUGCUUUAAUGAAACUUGCAAGAGCGAUGAAAGAAAAAUGGAGUUCAUGCUUACCUCACCCUUCUCUGUGUCGUGA